GUAUCAAUUAUUAUUAUCAAUACAGUGUAGCAUACGAAUAAAUAAUACGUAAGCAACCACAUAAUUCAAUCACUUCUGAAGUUACCCGUAAAGUAGAUGGUAUAAGUACUUUUCUUGACCGGCCGACAGGAUGCUACGAAAUAAAUUAUUAAAUUUGCGAUAUAGGCAGUAUUUGUACUGCAUUUGUGCGAUUACAACUGCGGCCGCCACGUCCAUUCAUGACUCCUGGUCUUCGACAUUUCUACCUCAAAUACGGUCUGAAGAUUCGCCAAUAGGUGUUAAAUUGGAUACAAUUCAAUCAUCGACUGUUGUAAGUAUGGCCGGCGUGGGUGCCACAUUAGGUAGCAUCAUUACUAUGUGGCUAAUGGAUAUAUUUGGAAGAAAAGCUGCUUUAAUAGCAGCAGGCAGUUGUAAUUUGAUAUCUUGGGUUUUAAUGUACUUCGCAAAUGGGAUAGAAAUGUUAUGUGGAUCCAGAAUAUUGGGCGGAGUAGCUAUAGGACUUUCUUUGAACUGUGGUACCGUUUAUCUUGGUGAAAUAUCACACAAUGACAACAGAGGUCGACUGAAUUUUCUAAUGACAAUUUUGAGACUUUUUGGAUCGGAUAUAGGCUUCAUUAUAGGACCUUAUGUGUCCUUUAAGGUAUUCGCCCUUCUGUCAGUAGGCGCCUCAAUUAUUCCUGUAAUAUGUACUUGUAUCAUACCGGAAUCACCGUAUCAUUUAAUCAAAAAAGGAAAAAAGGAAGAAGCCAAAAAGGUCAUUCAAAAACUGGCCAACGAUGCAUCCGACGAAAGCUCUUUAGAAAAAGAAUUAGAAGAUAUCAGUUCUUCCGUAGAAAGAGACAUGCAAAAUAAAGGAACUAUUUACGAACUUUUAACCAACAAAAUCUAUAGGAAACCGUUAUUUAUUCACAUCUCUUUAAAGUUGAUAUUUAUGUGUUGUGGUAAUCUUAUAAUUAAAUCCUAUAUGCAGCCUAUAAUUAAAGCAACAGGAAGUAGUAUGUCUUCAAACACUGCUAGUGUUAUCUUUGGAAUCAUCAGUUUUGUUAGUGCCCUAGCUUCCGGACAAAUUGUUGAUCGUUUUGGCAGAAGACCCUUGCUUAUGGUUUCCGGAUUGUUGUGUUCUAUAAGCAUGUUCUGUUUAGGAUUAUACUUUUAUCUUCAAGACGCCACUUCUUAUAAUAUUGAUGCAAUUUCCUGGUUACCAGUUACCAGUUUGAUGCUUUUUGAAGUGUUUGUUGCAAUUGGAAUUAUUUCCAUACAUUACGUUAUUGCCGCAGAAUUGUAUCCAAUGAAUAUAAAAGCUGUCGCCGUGUCCGCAGUUGCGUUUCUGGCACAAGCUCUGGCUAUUGGUGUUCAAUUUUCAUUUGAGCCCUUGAGCGAAAUUUUGGGAGAGUAUACUUGCUUGUGGUUCUUCAGUUUUUGCUGUUUUUUAGGAUUUCUCUUCGGACUCUUCGUACUCCCGGAAACAAAGGGAAAAUCAUUUGAUGAAAUUCAAAAGAUACUUAAUCGACGAAAAAGCGACGAAACUUUAAAUAUUAAAAAUCAAGAAACUGGAAAAUUCUAAUGUUUAAAAUAAACUUUUGUUUUUUU